UCCAUAUAGGCCCAUUCCCGUCUCCGCUCCCUUCACUCCCUCUCUCAGACACCAUUCUAAAUUCUCAAGGGAAGAGAGAGAGAGAGAGAGAAGGAAAUGGGGUUGGUCUUAUUCCUCUCAACUGUCCCAUCUUUGCUUCCACUUGUUCCUUUGUCUUCUCGCACUGCUUCUGGAUACCCGGCUCAUGCUGGUACUAUCUGUUGUAAGGCUGAAGCUGAUUUUACCAAUGAGGGCCGCUUCCGGAGACGGGAUAUUCUUAAUUGCUUUGGGGCUACCAUGUGCAUGGAAAUAAUAGCAAGCUCCAGCUCAUUUGUUGAAGUGGCCAAUGCUGCUGAUAUAAUACAACGCAGACAGCGCUCAGAGUUCCAAUCUAAUGUCAAGGGGACCCUUUUCACCGCUAUCAAGGGAAAUCCCGAUCUCAUCCCAUCCAUACUAACUUUAGCACUUAAUGAUGCUAUGACUUAUGAUAAGGCAACUAAAUCUGGUGGCCCAAAUGGAUCAAUACGGUUCAGCUCAGAGAUUAAUAGACCAGAAAAUAUGGGGCUUUCUGCUGCUUUGAAUUUGUUGGAGGAAGCAAAGAAGGAGAUAGAUUCGUAUUCGAAGGGUGGACCUAUUUCAUUUGCAGAUCUCAUCCAAUCUUCAGCACAAAGUGCACUAAAAUCUACCUUUCUGGCUUCUGCCAUUAGCAAAUGUGGUGGUAAUGAGGAGAAAGGAAACUUGUUGUACUCAGCAUAUGGUUCAAUUGGGCAGUGGGGAUUGUUUGAUAGGCAGUUUGGGAGGUCAGACACCCAAGAGCCAGAUCCAGAGGGGAGAGUUCCCCAGUGGAAGAAAGCAAGUGUUCAGGAAAUGAAAGACAAGUUUUCAGCUGUUGGUUUUGGUCCUCGACAGCUAGCUGUUAUGUCUGCAUUCUUAGGUCCUGAUCAGGCCGCGACAGAGGCAUUAUUGGCUACAGAUCCGGAUGUUGCUCCAUGGGUUCAGAAAUACCAACGCAGUCGAGAGACGGUGUCUGAGACUGACUAUGAGGUCAUUACCAUACUUAUUUCUCCUAACCUAAAGAUCAUCGACAAUUCUUCAUUGAUCAUAAUCUUUUUACUGGCUAAUAGACAAAAGCCAAUUCAAGAAAAUUGAUAAUUGCACUUGAUUAAUGUCUUAUUUCUCAGUUUUUCAAAUAGGUCUACUCACAUUAGUCCAUACAACACAACCAGAUUAUCAGCCAGCUAUCAUGAAUCUAUC